AUUAUCAGAAAGCAUUAACAUUUGGCAAGUUUGGGCAACAUGGAUGUUAGUGGUUCCAUAGCUUCUCGGGGUAACCCUUUUGGGAUAGCGAAUAUUAUGGCAGCCUCAGGAAGUGACAGUAAUUACUCUACGGGUUUUGGAUAUUCACCUCUAUCUGCAUCCAGGCCAUCGGAUCGGUUCUUUGAUUGGAAUCAGAAUUCGUCAUUUGUACCCAUGCCUGCUAUGGAAGCGUGUUUACGGAAUUCAAGUACAAGUCGAAUGUUCUUUGAUACGAUACGUUACGACCAAACGGCGGAGUACAACUCUAGUUGUCGCGGCCCAGAAGCACCAGAAGGCAUUAAAGGGGACCCAAACGAUACUCAAGUAAACCCCGGUGUAGGGGAUUGUGAGAAACUUUCAAACGCUUGCGAAGGUCCCAAGAAACCCAUUCACCCUAAAUUGAUGAACGUGGCAGCUCAUCUUGAAAUGAAAUCUCUCUGGGACGAAUUUAAUGAACUGGGAACAGAGAUGAUAGUAACAAAAGCUGGAAGACGAAUGUUCCCAGCUUUUCAAGUUCGUGUAACUGGAAUGGAUCCCCAUUCUGACUAUAUGGUAAUGAUGGAUUUUGUCGCCUCAGAUGACAAACGAUACAGGUAUUCCUUUCACAGUUCUAGUUGGGUGGUAGCUGGUAAAGCUGAUACCCAGAUGCCUGGCAGGAUUCACAUGCAUCCAGAUUCUCCAGCGAAAGGUUCACAGUGGAUGAAACAAAUUAUAUCAUUUGAUAAACUCAAAUUAACCAAUAACCUCUUAGAUGACAAUGGGCAUAUAAUCUUAAAUUCCAUGCAUUCGUACCAGCCUCGUUUUCAUGUUGUAUAUAAUCCACCGAAAUCAGAAGACGUAACAGAAAUGGAAGUCUUCAAACAUUUUAUUUUCCCCGAGACCAAAUUUACAGCCGUCACAGCCUAUCAGAAUCACCGAAUAACUCAGUUAAAAAUAGCCAGCAACCCAUUUGCUAAGGGUUUCAGGGAUUGCGAUCCUAAUGAUUGUAUGGCUGAAGUGUUAAAUCAAAUGCACCAAUAUCCGGGUAAAAAUAGACAGUUAAAUUCUGUUCAUUUACUGAAAGAAAGAAAGAGAAAACGAACGGAUGAUACAGAUACAUCAGGUCCUGACAUCAGUAAACCCUGUCUCGUGUCGCCUGCUAUUUCAGCUGGCUUUUCCGGUGGUUUUAACACAACACACCCUACACAAAUAUACUCUGGUUGUUAUUCAUACCCACCUUACCAAAUAGAGAAUUAUUUCUCUUCGAGGAAGGAUCGAUCAACGCCUUAUAAUCCGCAUGUGGACUACCCAUCUUAUAGUGUAUUCUAGUACUGAAAAGUUAAAAUGGCUACCUGUGAUUUCUGACUCUUGUUUGCGCUGUGUUGAUGAUAUAAGGUGUAUGUGUGGUACUUGAUACUAGUGAAAGAACCUAUUUAUGAUAUAAUGUAAACUUUUUGUUGUUGUUAUGCAUUGAAAUGGGGUCGUAUAAUGUCAAAAACCCACGUCUACCUGUCCGUCUUGCACAAUUGCUUAUCAUCCAAUUGACUCAAAGUUUAUACACAGUGUCUAAGUUCAUGAAAAUAAUUCUAUUUCCGUUAAUUACGGUCGGAAUUAUGGUCCUCGAUUUAUUUGAAAACACUCGUGUGUGGUGAAAAGUGUUUAUGUUUAUGAGACGAAGAAGUAUGCGGCCCCUGUCCAUCGGUCUGUCGGUCCGUCGUCCACAAUUUCUUGUGAACGCUCUAACUCCAAAAGUUAUUAUCCGAUUGUUUUAAAAUUGAUAUAUGUGGUUUACAUUACUGAGAUAAAGAAGUCUAUUUAAUUUCAAUAUUCUCUGUUAAUUACGUCUAGAGUUAUGGGUCUUGUUUCACUUUGUUGAACCUUGUGAACGCUAUUACGCCAAAAGUUAUCAUCCGAUCAUUGUGAAAUUUAUAUGCAUUAUUUAAAUUACUAUCAAGCUUGGGCUAAUUUGGAUGAUACACUUUGAUUCGUUGAUGCUUUGGAACACGAAAACUCCACUUGAGUGAGAGUGGCGAAACUUGGAGUACAGAUUCAUUACAUCAAUAAUGAAGAUUUUAUGCUCAGGCCAUGCAGAUUGAUAAGUAAUUUGUUUGUACGAUGCUCUAUAAAGAGAUAAAUGUGCAAGUAAUUAAUGAAUGUGAUCUAUUUAUUCGGGGAUUAAGACGGGGAACACCAGCCCUGUGGCUGACUUGUUAAAUUUAUGAUCUUUAGUGGACAACUCUUUGGUGUAAAUAUUAUAUUUGUUAAGAGUUAUUAAUAUAUUUAGAGCCCUUAGUGAUAAUAUCUAAAAGAUGUCCGUUCAGCUUCAGUCCGUAACAUUUUGAACUCCAUCGGAACAUCUUCAGGCCUUUAAUACAUAUAUCUAUGUUCUCUUUUAUAUUUUGAAUACCUACAUGACCGGUUGUAUAAUUUCAAGUUUGUGUGUAUUAUUUAAUGCAGUAAUGAUAAAGGGAAAUAUAUAUAUAUAUUUCCUAACAAUAUAAAUUGUGCCUUUCUAAUUAAAAAUAUACAUGUACGUGGUUGUAUCAUUCUAGUUCAAAAUAUACAGUGUGCCUUUCUUAUUCAGUUAUAGUGCCUAUAUGUAAUCAAAAAUAUACAUGUUCCUGAUUGUGACAUUUCUAACUAAAACUAUACAUCAUUGUGCCUAUGUAAUUAAAAAUAUACAUAUGAUUGUGCCUAUGUAAUUAAAGAUAUACAUAUAAUUUUGCUUUUUUAUACGCCCACAUGGAAAUGUGGUUGUAUAUUGCCGUCGCCCCCGUCCGUCUGUCGGUCCGUCCGUCCGUCGUCUACAAUUUCUUGUGAACACUCUACAGACUACAUUUAUCAUCUGAUUGUUUUGAAAUUGAGAAAUUGAUAUAUGUUGUUUGCAUUAGUGAGAUGAAGAAUCCUAUUUAAUUUCAAUAACUUCCGUUAAUUUCUUCUGGAGUUAUGGCCCUUGUUUCACUUUGUUGCACCUUGUGAACGCUCUAACGACAAAAGUUAUCAACAGAUCUUUAUGAAAUUUAUAUGCAUCAUUUAAAUUAGUAAAACAAAAAAUCCUAUUUAAUUUCAGCAAUUUCCGUUAAUUACAUCUAGAGUUUUGGCCCUUGUUUCACUUUGUUGAAUCUUGUAAACGCUCUAAUGAUAACAGUUAUCAUCCCAUCUGUUUGAAAUUUAUAUGCAUCAUUUAAAUUAGUGAAACGAAGAAGCCUAUUGAAUUUCAGCAACUUUCGUUAAUUACGCCGUGAGUUAUGGCCCUUGUUUCACUUUGUUGUACCUUGUGAAUGUGCUCUGACGACAAAAUUUAUUAUCCGAUCUGUAUGAAAUUUAUAUGUAUCGAUUAAAUUAGUAAAACGAACAAGCUUAUUGAGUUUCAGCAAAUUUCCGUUAAUUACACCUAGAUUUAUGGCCCUUGUUUCACUUUGUUGAAUCUUGUGAACGCUCGAACGACAAAAGAUUUUACUCAAUCUGUAUGAAAUUCAUCUGCAUCAUUUAAAUUAGUUAUGCCCCUUGUUUUACUUUGUUGUACCUUGUGAACGUUCGAACGACAAAAUUUAUCAUCCGAUCUGUAUGAAAUUUAUAUGAAUUAUUUAAAUUAGUAAAACGAAAAAGGCCUGUCGAAUUUCAACAAUUUCUGUAGAUUACUUCCAGUGUUAUGGCCCUUGUUUUAGUUUUUAGAACCUUGUGAACCCUCAAACGACUAAAAUUAUAUUGUCAUCUGUAUCAAAUUGUCUAUUAAAUGCCCCUAAUUACCUCCAAAAGAAUAAUUAGCUGCUGUGGGCGUAUGUUUUGUUGCCUGACAACCUAUCUUCAUUUAAAAUAUACAUGAGUGUGCCUUUCUAAUUUUAAAUCUACAUGGAUGUGUCGUAAUUUCCUUCAAUUGCUUUCUAUUACAGUUGUAGAAAUAUUAAAAUAUGAUAUUACAGAUAAUAACCGUCAGAUUGAGAUUGAAAUAUAUUUUUAAUAUCUGUUUUAUAUACCCAAAUUGAAUUGUGGUCGUACAUUGGCGUCCCCGCCUUCCCUUCGCCCGUCGGCCACAAUUGCCUGUGGACGCUCUAAAUGCUAAAGUUAUUAUUAGAUUGAAAUGAAAUUUAUAAGACGGCACAGCUUAUCAGAGUCACGCUAAAGAGGCCCAUUACCUACAAAAGAAUAAAUAUGCAACGAUCCUCGUGGACUGCCCGGGUAAUACGACAAUGUUUAUGAAAUGCCGUACGCAUCAGCAACUGAGGACGUAUGUUCAUUGCCUGGCAGCCUAUGUUUUAGAAAUAUGUGCUAUGUUAGAUAAAUAUUAUUAAUUGUGCCCCCUCCCCAUAUCAUGUAUACGCCCUUGCUUGUGUUUGAAUGUAUAAAGCAACGAAAGAAUUCAGUAUGAAACAUGCUUUGUGAAAUAAGGUGCUGAUCUCAGUAAUAAAAUAAUAUCAAUCUGAA